UCGUCCUUUGAUCUCCUCCUCCUCACCCAGAUCCAUCUGACCCUGAGCAGAAACACCAUCAGUCAGAUCCGGCCCUACGCCUUCGCCGACCUCCAGGACCUCCACGCUCUCCAGCUGGACGCCAACCGCCUCACGGCCCUGGACGACUCCCACUUCCAGGGCCUGGUGAACCUGCGCCACCUCAUCCUGGCCAACAACCAGCUGCACAGCAUCACAGACGGAGCCUUCCAGGACUUCCUGGAGACGCUGGAGGACCUGGACCUGAGCUACAACAACCUGGUGAACAUCCCCUGGGAGACCGUGGCCAUGCUGGUCAGCGUCAACACCCUGAGUCUGGACCACAACCUGAUCGAGAGCGUCCCAGAGGGAAUCUUCUCCAACCUGCACAAGCUGGCCAGGCUGGACAUGACGUCCAACAAGCUGAAGAAGAUUCCCCCCGACCCGUUGUUCCUGCGGAUCCCGGUGUACGCCAAGCUGAAGGGCUCCCCCCUCACGGCGCUGGUGCUGAGCUUCGGGGGGAACCCGCUGCACUGUAACUGUGAGCUGGUGUGGCUGCGCCGGCUGACCCGGGAGGACGACCUGGAGACCUGCGCGUCCCCCAGAGACCUGGCGGGGAAAUACUUCUGGACCAUCAAAGAGGAGGAGUUUGUGUGUGAGCCACCGAUGAUAACUCGCCACACCUCCAAGAUGUUUGUGAUGGAGGGUCAGGAGGUCAGCCUGCGCUGCAAGUCCAUCGGGGAUCCAGAACCUUCCACGCACUGGGUCAGUCCGGACGGGAAGCUGAUCGGGAACACGUCCAGAACCGUCUGCUACGAGAACGGCUCGCUGGACAUCCUCAAGGCCUCGGUCAAGGAUUCUGGAAAGUUCACCUGCAUCGCGUCGAACGCCGCCGGCGAGGCCACUGCUCCCGUGGAGCUGGUCGUGAACCCGUCUCCACACUUUGACCCCAAACUGGACCCUGACCCGGGCCCGUCGGACAUCCCCACCUCCAUCAAGUCCAACGUCAGCGGAGGCCACGCCCGGUCGGACCAGCAGAGGGUCAGCGUGUCGGACCUGACCUCCGGCUCUGCCACCAUCAGGUGGCCCCCCCAGAACCACAUCCCAGGAGUCCGCAUGUACCAGAUCCAGUACAACAGCUCCACAGACGACCUGCUCAUAUACAGGUGA